GGGGUGCUGCGCGCGCUGGGGAGCACGUGGGCGGACACGCAGGGACUGCCCGCGCGAAUGGCUUCGACCGCACGCCCCCACCCCACAUUUCACAGUCGCCAUGACGACCGGGAGGUCCGCAACCGCUGCAGACCGUUGAGGUCCGUUGAGGCUGACAGGCGAGUCAGGCCUUUCUGAACGUCGCCCGACUUGCCUGGGCUGUGCCUGAAAUUGACCCGGCUUCACCAGGGAUUAUGAGAAAACAAGGAGUAAGCUCAAAGCGGCUACAAUCUCCCCGCCCAAGCCAGCCUAAGCGAGGUCGCGGGGCCUCCCUGGCCCGAGAGCCGGAGCCGGAGGUGGAGGAGGAGGUGGGAAGGUCGGCCCUAUGCGGCGGGAACCUGCCAAGGGGCGCCAGGAGGUCCUCCCCGCCGAGGAUCCGAAAUCUGAGAGCGCCAAAAGGCUUGGAGCGGGAGGUGAUGGCCGACAAGUUUCUUCGCGGCCCCUUCCAGUUCGUCCAUAAUUUCCUGGUGCAGCUCUGGGAAAAGGUGCACGAACUGCAGGCGAGGCGGUUCUCCAUCAGGACCACUCUGGGCAUAGGUGAGGAGAAGGCAGGAGAGCCCUAGAGGGAGCCGCAUGGCGCUUUUCUGGAGUCUUGAAGGAGAGCAGUUUAACAAGCAAGGGUUUGUGGGUGCCUAGUAGUAAAUAAUAGCAAGGUCCGAGUAGAAAGGAG